CCGAUCCUGGAGCUACAAGCGGCUAACGCCAAACCACUCGUGCGCCUCUCUACAACGCUUCUCCACACUCUGUGGUUCAGUCAGGAGCGCGACGCGCCGCUCCCCGUCGCGCACGAGCAAACCGCUCCGUUCCGCACAAAGACCGCGGCCGCAGGUCAUCGGCGCAGGCGCUCUGCGUCUCUCGGCACACUCCCCCGCCACCUCCUGGCGCCGGGAGCACCGCCGGACGCCUGCGCCGUGAGCGUGUGGAGGACUUAUUUCACGCUGGGGGCGGCGGUGACGCGCUGACGGAGGGAGAGGAGGUGUUCCAGGAACGGAAGCCGAGAGGGGACUUGGGCGGAAGAGGGAACCAGGGCCGAGGCUUGUGUUCGGAGCCUCGGUGGGGCUGGGCUUCCGAUGUGGUCCCCGGAGCGGGAGGCCGAGGCGCCGGCCGGAGGAGACUCCGCGGGCCUACUGCCCCCCGAGUGGGAGGAGGAUGAGGAACGCAUGUCCUUCCUGUUUUCCGCCUUCAAGAGGAGUCGCGAGGUGAACAGCACCGACUGGGACAGCAAGAUGGGCUUCUGGGCGCCGUUGGUGCUGAGCCACAGCCGCCGCCAGGGGGUGGUGCGCCUGCGUCUGCGGGACUUGCAGGAGGCCUUCCAGCGCAAGGGCAGCGUCCCGCUGGGGCUGGCCACGGUGCUGCAGGACCUGCUACGUCGAGGGGAGUUGCAGCGGGAGUCGGACUUCAUGGCCAGCGUGGAUAGUAGCUGGAUCUCGUGGGGCGUCGGCGUGUUCCUGCUGAAGCCCCUCAAGUGGACUCUCUCCAACAUGCUGGGGGACAGUAAGGUUCCGGCCGAGGAGGUCCUCGUGGCUGUGGAGCUGCUCAAGGAAAAGGCCGAGGAGGUGUACCGCCUUUAUCAGAACUCCCCGCUCUCCUCCCACCCCGUGGUGGCGCUGGCAGAGCUGAGCACCCUGUGUGCCAACUCCUGCCCAGAUGAGAGGACCUUCUACUUGGUGCUGCUGCAACUGCAGAAAGAGAAGAGAGUCACGGUCCUGGAGCAGAAUGGGGAGAAGAUCGUGAAGUUUGCCCGGGGGCCGCAUGCCAAGGUCUCCCCUGUGAACGACGUGGACGUCGGGGUGUACCAGUUGAUGCAGAGCGAGCAGCUGCUUUCGCGCAAAGUGGAGUCCUUAUCCCAGGAAGCAGAGAGGUGUAAAGAAGAAGCCCGCCGAGCGUGCCGAGCUGGAAAGAAACAACUGGCACUGAGGUCUCUCAAGGCCAGGCAGCGGACGGAGAAGCGCAUCGAGGCCUUGCACGCCAAGCUGGACACCGUUCAAGGCAUCCUGGACCGCAUCUAUGCCUCCCAGACGGAUCAGAUGGUCUUCCACGCCUACCAGGCUGGGGUGGGAGCGCUGAAGCUCUCCAUGAAGGACGUCACAGUGGAGAAGGCAGAAAGCCUUGUGGAUCAGAUCCAGGAGCUGUGUGACACACAGGAUGAAGUUUCUCAGACUCUGGCUGGCGGUGUAACCAAUGGCAUAGACUUUGACAGUGAGGAACUGGAGAAGGAGCUGGACGUCCUCCUUCAGGACACCACCAAAGACCCCUCAGAGCUGCCCGAGAGCCCCCCCGAGACGCUCCAGACCAACAGCGUGCCUCACCCCAGGAUCUCGGAUGCCGAACUCGAGGCUGAGCUUGAGAAGCUGUCUUUAUCAGAGGGAGGUUUGGUCCCAAGCAGUAAAUCUCCAAAAAGGCAAUUGGCACCGACUCUCUGAAGCAGUUACAGGACCUUCAUGUCUGAGACA